UUCAUCAAUAAGAUGUAGCUUAUGUAUUAACGAAAUCAUUUAUCGUUUUAAGCCACUGUUGAACUUUCAAUAGCUUGCUAACAAUUAGUUAUCAUUAUCAGUUAUCACUGGGAAAGUAAAAAAAACUUGGAAAAGAAGGUUUAAAGGAAUUAUAAAGGAAAAAAUAAAGCUUUUGAAUUAAAUUAGGUUUAAUUUUUUUUUCUUGUUAAUUAGAUAGAGAUAUUUUUGGAUGUAGUUCUUAAUGUAUGCUACUUUGAGUGGAUGUAUAUGCUAAAAUAAAUUAAACAUUUGAUUAUGUAAAAAGUUAAAUAUUUAAAAUUCUAAUUUACGCGGCGUAACUAACCUAUCAAAGAAAGCCGGCUGAUUUGACAGUUCAAAUCAGAGAAAAGGUUAUAAGAAGCGUAAACUGUCAAAAUUCUGACUAAAGUUUGUUUAUUUUAUAUUAAUAAAUAACUGAAACAUGUUUUUUACAAGCGAUAAAAUGUUUUAUACCCUCUGAAGGUUUGUACAUUUCGAACAAUAGCUUUAUUCAUUAUAGCUCUUCCACCGUUCUUCCAGUUUGUUUUGAAAUAUUAUCUGUGAAAGCUACAAUGAAAACUAACGCUCAAAAGGGAGAUGUUGUCGAAAACUUUAUUAUACAUUAUAUGCUUAGUUUUAAGCACUUGUGUCUUGUGACUGUGUCUUGCCCUUUAUUGGCGCUUAUAAUAUGUUUUGUAACAGCGUAUAUAUUUCAGGCAGAUGAUAUACAUGAAACUCAUUGUCGGGUGUACAACAUAAUACCUUCAAUCAGUGCAAUAACGGGUAUAAGCCCACAAAGAUAUCUUUGGCGAAUUAGUGUGGCUUUUCACAUUGGACCAAGAUUUAUUAUAGCAGCUGUACACAGGUCGUACCAUUUAAACCUAAUUAACAUGUCAUCAAAACAUCAGGAGCUCGCCAAAUGGUGGCUGAAUUUUGCCUUUUGGUUAAAUAUUGUAGAAAUUGGUUCUUUGUGUGGAGUGACUUAUAUCUCCAAUAGAGAGAACUAUCCUAUACAUGAAAAAUUAUUUAUUACGUUUAUGGUAAGCAGUUUGCUGCAUAUGUUGGCUUGCAUAAAAGGUGUACGAUGGGUGGCUGAAACAAACAACAAUCUAAAAAGUGUUCAAAGAGGUCUAUUAAUAAAACAGAUCCUUUUAUUUGUAUCACUGAUGAGUACAGUGGGACUAGUUGGCUUCUUUCUCAAGCAUAGGUUACUCUGUCAUGAUAUGGCUUUCAGCUGGUUUGCUUUUUGUGAAUACAUCAUAGCACUGGCCAAUAUGGCUUUCCACGUAACAGUGAUUUUAGAUUUCCCAACUGAACACUUAGUGGUUGCUAGAGGAUUAAAACAUAUACAAAAAUUACCUUUAAAUAAUAAAUUUGAAUGAGAAUCUCUUGUUAUAAAACUAAGCUAGUCAAUUAUACUCUCUGUUUUUUGUAGUGUAUAAUAUGUACCACAAAGUGUUUACUACAUUCCAAACUGUUGUGAUUUAUAUUUGAUAUUAUUUUCGUGCUCUGAUUUAUUGUUUGUAUAUCACUUUAUUUAAAACAGCUUUAAGAUUUUUCUAUGAUAUUUUACUAUUUGUAGCACGUUUUACAAUUGUUUAUGAUAAUUUUUGUGCGCCUAAAGGUUCUGUUUGAUUUAGAGACUGAUUGAUUUAUUUUAUCUUGAUAACUGCCUACAGCUAUAAAAUAAGAUGUUAUUUCCUGUGUACAAAAAAAGAACAAAUUAUUGGUGAAUAUAAAUAAUAUUAAAAUAAAAAUGAAAUCUUGUAUUUUAUAUAAAUGGAACCACUUUGUAAUGUUGUAUAUUAUCAGAUUUAAUAACAGUUCUUUUUGUAAAUAUGAAUGGAACUAAAAAUGUAAUUUUAAUGGCAAUUUUCAGCAAUGUAUUUUUUUUGUUGUUGUUAAGAUUAUUUAUAGUGAAGUAUUUGCUCAGUAACUUUUCCAAUGUUUUUUAGACUGUUUAAGUCUGACAUCACUGAUUUUCUAUUUUAAAUUAAUUAAGAAAAUUGGGUGGUGUUAGGCAGCUUUUGAAUGAAGGCUUAUAAAUUAGGGAGUUUUGUAAGAAAAAAUUUAGAAUAGUUAACUACUUACUGUUUAGAAAAAAGAUAACUCUUUCACUUGAUGCUAUUCGCUAUACGCUAUUUUUCCCUUAACGGGUUAUAGCUAAAAUUUUGCACAAAAUUUGUGUCUUUGAUUUUUCCAAUUCAGGAUAUUGAAGUGAUCAAGUAUGGUACAAACGUCAUUAGAUUAUGGCAAAUAUUUAUGAAACAAAAAUAUUCGUUAGUUUAAUUUAAUUAAAAUGGCAUUAAAACACGAAUAAUUACAUCACCGUAAAGUUUUAUUAACAUCAUGAAUUUCAUAGCAAAACACCGGGUGACUAUUAAUAAUAAUCGAAGCAAAUUAUUGUGUUGGCAAUUCUGAAUUAUUGGCGGCCAUGCUAGUAGUUCACAGUUGUCAGUGUUGGCAUGAGCAUGACAGCUGAGUUGCUGCCAUAAAGGUCAUUUUGAUAAUCAAGUAUGCAAUUAUAAAGUUUUAAAUACUUUCCUAUCUGACAAAAAAAAAAUCACGAACAUUAAUAGUCACUCGAUAUUAAUUUGCAGUGAAGUAUUUUACAACUUAUUGAGUUCCUAUAGAGUAUAGAGACGAGUUGAGUCAGAUAACCAGAAAAAUAUCAAAUUGUUUAACAGUGGCAGAAUAGUUACUAAAAUAAAUUACCAAAAUCCACGUUUACAAUUUAAAAUCCAUAGUGGACUAAGGUCAAUUGCCAAAGUACAUAGAAAGGUAGGAAUUAAAGGUAGAAAAAAGUCGAAGUCGUCUGCAUAUUUUACAAUAGAGCAAAUAAAGAACAUUCAAUCUAUAGUUUUUGCCAAAAUUAAAAAACCACCACGUUUUGAUUUUAGUUGCUAACAAAAAAACUCCAGUGGUAUUUUUCAUAUUCUUUGAGCGGCACUACGGUUUAUACCGUUGAAACUUCAUCGAACGCUAAGGUUGCCAUCACGAAACACGUGGGUAUUUUGUCGUUUAUGGAAUUUACGUUUAUUUCUAUGAGUUAGUUAUAAAAGUAAGCGAAGAAAAAUGUUGCUGCCUCGGUAAGAAUCGAACCACACGUCACUCGCUUGCCGGGCAGGUAUCCUGACCACUAGACCACGAGGCCGCUUAUCUUUCUCCGUUUACCAACGUGUUAUUGUAGCGCCACAGUUAUAAAACAUAACCUAUUUUCCCCAAAUCUAAUACUGCGGUGUGGUUGGUUGUAUUUUCAAGAUAAAAUGCAGAGUUGGUAGUUUUUUAAUUUUGACUGGAUGGUCAAACAGACAAUGAAAUUUAUUAAAAUCGACACCAAUUUACCACAAUGUCCUUCAAUCAAGAAUUGCUUUGGCCAAUUAAGUUCUUUGGUGUAUCAAAAUGGAUGAACAGCAAAAAAUGUUCGAAUUAAAGCGACAGAUAAAAAAAUGUCUGAAAUAAAUGGACACCCAUGGGGUACAAAGAGCUUGUGAACAGAUUCCUACAAAGUUGCGCAGAGUGUUGAUUCUAAACACUAUGCGGAAAAUCACUAAUUAACAUUAAAAAGACAAUAGAUUAGUUUACAAUAAAAUAUAAUAUAACUUUUAUAUAAAUAUCAAAGGAUUAAACUUCAACAAUAUAACUUUUGUGCAAAUUUUUAGUUCGUUAAUUGAAUAUGAAUUUAAAAAUUGGGUUCCUUUAAAGAUCUUCUUUACAUUUAGCGAAUAUUGCAUUUAAUGCGUUUAGCUGUGGUAAUUUUUGUUUCUACUUGAAAUAUUUAAGUGAAUUUGAACUAGUCAUUUGACAUGGUGUAUACAUAUCAGUUGUUCUAAUAAA